UUUUCCUCUCUUAUUUAAGCUUUCUCUCUGCUCUUUAAUCUUUCCAUAUGGUCGAUGCUGCGAUCUUUCUCUCUCCUCUUUAAUUUCUCUCUCUUUAAAUUUAGGCAAAAAAUGCAGAGAGAAGCUGAUAAAACAACCAAGAGAAGACCUGUUCAGAGAGAAGCUGAUAAGAGCUAAUCGAAACCCACCGAAUGUAGGUUAGUAUAAAUUCAAAUAAACACCAAUAUGCUUCUCAAUCACCCGACAGCUUCGUGCACAAGGCAACAAGAUCCUUCUAUUUAUUUGAUUCAUAAUUGUGAUCGAUUAAACCAGAGAAGGAUAAGAUUACGGUUGUCUUUGAAAUGCUUGAUGGACAAGGCAGCUUCUUCAGUGCAUUUGUCAAAUGAUGCGAAAGAACUCACUCAUUCUUUAGGCGAAUCUGUGAAAUGUGGGGCAUUUAGCAUUGGUAAUCAGAGUUGUCCAGGAAGCAAGGACUCACUGCCCAUUCGUGGGAUAACAGAUAAAGUCGUCGGUGUGUUAGGGGGAGGGCAGCUGGGCCGCAUGCUUUGUCAGGCAGCAUCAAUUAUGGGAAUCAAAGUAGCAAUUUUGGAUCCCCUCGAGAAUUGCCCCGCUAGUUCAAUAUGCUUCCGCCAUAUGAUUGGAAGCUUCGAUGAUAGUGAUGCGAUUCAAGAAUUUGCAAAGAUGUGUGAUGUGCUCACUGUUGAGAUUGAGCAUGUUGAUGCUGCCACCCUUGAAAGACUUGAGCAACAAGGAGUGGACUGCCAGCCUAAAGCUUCUACAUUACAGACAAUCCAAGAUAAAUAUCUCCAGAAAGUUCAUCUUUCUCAUCAUGGCAUUCCACUUCCAGAUUUUAUGCAGGUAGAUAGUCUUGAAAGUGCUGAAAAAGCAGGUAAUUUGUUUGGUUAUCCUUUGAUGAUCAAAAGCAAGAGGCUAGCUUAUGAUGGGCGUGGAAAUGCUGUUGCCUACAAGAAAGAGGAUCUUUCUUACGCCGUUUCGGCAUUGGGUGGAUUAGACCGAGGUCUAUAUGCUGAGAAAUGGGCACCAUUCAUUAAGGAGCUCUCUGUAGUUGUGGUGAGAGGAAGGGACAAUUCUGUUUCAUGUUUUCCUGUGGUUGAAACAUUUCACAAGGACAACAUUUGCCAUAUUGUGGAGGCUCCUGCUGAUGUGCCAGAGAAAAUAAGGAAGCUCGCUGGUGAUGUUGCACAAAGAGCUGUUGGUUGUUUAGAGGGCGCUGGUGUCUUUGCAGUUGAGUUGUUCUUGACGAGGGAUGGUCAGAUUUUGCUAAACGAAGUGGCCCCAAGACCUCAUAAUAGUGGACAUCAUACAAUUGAGUCGUGCUAUGCAUCACAGUAUGAGCAACAUUUGAGAGCCAUAAUCGGUCUUCCCCUUGGGGAUUCGACAAUGAAGAUUUCUGGUGCUCUCAUGUAUAAUAUACUUGGCAAGGAGGAGGGUGAGCUUGGAUUUAGUCUUGCUCAUCGGUUGAUGCAAAGGGCUUUGACUAUUCCUGGAGCUAGCAUUCAUUGGUAUGGAAAACCAGAAAUGAGAAAGCAACGUAAGAUGGGGCACAUCACAAUUGUGGGCCCAUCAAUGAAUGUGGUGAAAGCAUACCUAGGUAAAAUGUUGGAGAGGGAAGCCUUAUCAACUAGUGCAGUGAUUCCAAGUGUUGGGAUUAUCAUGGGAUCUGAUUCAGAUCUACCAGUUAUGAAGGAUGCUGCAAAGAUCUUAGAGUCUUUUGAAGUUCCUUAUGAGAUAACAAUUACUUCAGCUCAUCGGACUCCAGAAAGAAUGGUAUCUUAUGCUUCUCAUGCCCAUGAGCGAGGUGUCCAAGUUAUUAUUGCUGGCGCAGGUGGUGCGGCCCAUUUACCAGGAAUGGUGGCUUCGUUGAGUCCAUUGCCGGUUAUUGGUGUCCCAGUAAAGGCUUCUUCAUUGGAUGGAAUUGAUUCACUGUUGUCAAUUGUACAGAUGCCCAAAGGUGUCCCCGUUGCAACUGUGGCAAUACAAAAUGCAACAAAUGCAGGUUUACUAGCUGUUCGCAUUUUGGCGACCCAAAACUGUGACUUACAAAGAAGGAUGAUUCAAUACCAAGAGGACAUGAAGGAUACAGUGUUAACUAAGGCAGAGAAGUUAGAAAAGGAAGGUUGGGAAAGGUAUUUAAACAAUUAAAAAUCCACUUUUCUCUCUCUCUGUGUGCGUGUUUUGUGCACUUCCAUAAUUUAAAGCUCCUAAUUUCAAUUACAAAGAAAAUAAUAUCCAUUGUAUCCUUCGCCUUUUUUGUGUUGACCUGAGAUGUGUAAUUUAGUAUUUGUAUUUUAAUGUUAUUAUUCAACAAUUCUUUUUGGAAAAAAAAUUGAAGAGCUCCAUGGUGGAAUUCCCA